UAACAUCGGCGCUGCCAGCCACACUGGGAAGUUGCUGGCCCGCCCGCCAACCCGGGGCAUUUGCGGGCCGGGGCGGAUUUCAUGGCCCGCGGGGAUCGUGGAGUCGGCGUGGGCGAGCCCCCGCGCGCUCCCUUCGGUGAGAACCCCCAGUGCCCUCUCCCUUCCUUUCGCCUGCUUUUCCGAUGCUCAUUGCGCCCCUCGCCCCCACCUCCCUCUUGCCUCUGCUUGCCUCUUGGAACCGCCGCCUAAUUCGGGGAGGAGAGAAUGACCGAGGUGCUGUGGCCCGCUGUCCCCAACGGGACGGACGCCGCUUUCUUGGUCGGGCCGGGCUUGCCUUGGGCAAACAGCACGUGGGGAAACAGCACGGUGGUGUCCACCGCCGCCGCCGCCGCUUCAUUCAAAUGUUCCCUGACCAAGACGGGCUUCCAGUUUUACUACCUGCCCGCUGUCUACAUCUUGGUGUUCAUAAUCGGCUUUCUGGGCAACAGCGUGGCCAUCUGGAUGUUCGUCUUCCACAUGAAGCCGUGGAGCGGCAUCUCCGUGUACAUGUUCAAUUUGGCUCUGGCCGACUUUUUGUACGUGCUGACUCUGCCAGCCCUUAUCUUCUACUACUUCAAUAAGACGGACUGGAUCUUCGGGGAUGCCAUGUGCAAAUUGCAGAGGUUCAUCUUCCAUGUGAACCUCUAUGGCAGCAUCUUGUUCCUAACCUGCAUCAGUGCUCACCGGUACAGUGGCGUGGUGUAUCCGCUGAAGUCCUUGGGCAGGCUCAAGAAGAAGAACGCAGUCUACAUCAGCGUGCUGGUGUGGCUCACCGUGGUGGUGGGGAUCUCCCCCAUCCUCUUCUACUCUGGCACCGGGCUCCGAAAAAACAAAACCACCUGCUACGACACCACCUCAGACGACUACCUGAGAAGUUAUUUCAUCUACAGCAUGUGUACGACCGUGGUUAUGUUCUGUGUCCCCUUGGUGCUGAUUUUAGGCUGUUAUGGAUUAAUUGUGAAAGCACUGAUUUACAAGGACCUGGACAACUCCCCUCUUAGGAGGAAAUCAAUUUACCUGGUUAUUAUUGUACUGACUGUUUUUGCUGUGUCUUACAUCCCUUUCCAUGUGAUGAAAACGAUGAAUUUAAGGGCCCGUCUGGAUUUUCAGACCCCAGAAAUGUGUGCUUUCAAUGACCAAGUUUAUGCCACAUAUCAGGUGACAAGAGGUCUGGCAAGUCUCAACAGCUGUGUGGACCCUAUUCUCUAUUUCUUGGCAGGAGAUACUUUCAGGAGGAGACUCUCCCGAGCAACCAGGAAAGCUUCCAGAAGAAGUGAGGCAAAUUUGCAGUCUAAGAGUGAAGACAUGACCCUCAAUAUUUUAUCUGAGUUCAAGCAGAAUGGAGAUACAAGCUUGUGAAGGCACAAGAAUCCCCCCAAAACCUCAUUUUUUGUAGCAUGGUAGGAUGCUAAAAUAGAGCCAAAUAGUUUUUCCCCUUUAAGUUUCUGGUAAGAGUAGAGGAAAUUCAGACCAAGAAAGUAGAACCAAAAAAGAAAAAGAAAUGCCCACACCUGCACUUAGCUUACUUGGGUUUGCAUUCAGGGUCACCCUUCUUUCUGACUAGAAGUAUGUAUAAUAAAAUAAUUCUAUCCUAGUUAAA